AUGGCCGCCAUAGCAACUCAACCAGUUACUAUUCCGGAAGCGGAUCUUCCGAACCUGGAUAGCAUCUCUUUUUGUCAGGCUUCAUUAAAUGACAAGCUAAAAAAGAUCUGCGAUGACUUCAUCGCAAGCCAAGAUCCUGAAUUAUUCAAUGACCUCAACACAACCAAAGCGGCAACGGCCCUGGGCCGAGCAGAUGACGCAGCGCUCAAAGCCGCAGCGCAACAAUUGGUAGACGAAAUUUUGACUUUCGGGGAAACCUCGUAUGAUGAUGUACUUGGCGUGAAGAAUGAUUCAUCACCAGAGGAAGUUUUGAGAAGUUGGCGGCUACGGGGCUGCACCAUCCGGCCAUAUCUGUCGCAUGGCGAAGCCCCGUUGCAGCAAAGUGCGAGGAAGGCGUUCAUUGCACUUAUGUGUGCGGCCCGCAAGAAAAGCAUCAGCGAGAGAAACAUCUACGAAGUGGUUGAGUGGGAAGGGUUGGUAGAUCUUAACGCCCUUCCUGAUGAUGACGGUACGCCACCUACAGAAGCGUCGGUAAAAGAACCACCACAGGAAAUCAACAACGUCUAUGAGAAAGCAACCGCCGAUAUGGUUGCUCUGAAGUUGAAUCCUCAAGAUGUAGAAGUACGGAAAAGGCUAAACACCCAUAACCUUGCCAUCAUGGAACAUAAUAAGAAGAUGGGCAAAAUACGAAGGGAUCUGUACCAAUGGAUUAUCCCAUUGGAGUUCUUCUCCCCUCAGUACAUGGAAGCCGCCAAGAGGUAUAAGAGUCUCGAUGAUAAGCCAGCCGACGAAGUUGUCGCAAAAGAAAUUGAUAAAUUAAAGGAAGUCGUGGACACGAAGAUUAGAAAAGACCAUUUCAAGCAAAGCUGGAGCAUCCCAUCAGCCAGUGCCUACGUUGGCAGCAGCAAGGAGAUCAAGAGAAUCAUGUCAUGCGCCACUGCUCAUGAGCGUCUUAGCAUAAGCACAGACGCGGACGUAGCAACGAAGGUUACUGCAUUCAGGAGUAUUGUAUCCAGAAUGCAUCCCGUCUUCGCAUUCCGCCAAGAUGCACAUGAGGCACUAAAUCAGCUUUGCACAGCUGCUGAGGAGGUUGGAAUCAGCGAUAUAGAGGUAAGCUUCGGGCGCGAAUGGGAUGGUGGCAGUUGGGAAGACACACGGCAAGACGAAGACGUCGUUCCUGAGCCACCAAGCGCCAUUAAAAAGCUCUAUUCAGAUGCUAAAGAGUCCAUGAUAAGCCUUAGCGGAGACCCAGGUGAUGGCGCUGUAAUCAGCGUCGUGGAGGAGAUAAACGAACAAAUAAAGAAGCUUAGUAAUGAUGCAUCUGGAAGCGGCCCAAUAUGGAACAUAAAUGUGGAAUGGUGGUGUCAAACCUUUCGUGACAUGGCAGAACAAGAAGCUAUUCUGAGAAACGACAUCGAAGACCGAGGUGCUAGAGAGAAGAUUGAAAACUUGAUUAAAAAUAUAGACACUUACUUGAAGAGGAGUCACUUACCAUCAAAUUGGUCAUACGGGAGUGCGGAGAAAGUUAUACGAAAAGUCCAGGGGGAGCUAGAUGGUCAGAAAGAGAUCCUGGAGGCUGUUGUUAUGGAUAUGAAAUCCAUGUUUGACGACAUCACGACCCUCCAACAAAGACUUAACGACCAAUCACCGAAUGAAUCCCAGAUGAGUGAUGUCGUCAAGCUGGUCAGAUCAAAAUAUUCAAUGGUCGGUGAACUGAAGAAAAAGCUUGAGGAUGCAAAUGACAGGGUCCGGAACUCUCGAAGCGUCAACGAAUUUGUGGAGGCUGUCCAAGCUUCUCAAAACGCGCUGAAGGAAGCCAGGCAAGCCGAUCAAGAAUGCGAUGCAGCAAGAGAAUUACUUGCGUCGCUACCGGAUUCAAGCCAGAAGUCCGCAUCUAAUGCUGUUCAGUAUCCUUGGGCAACAAUGCCGUUAUCUGGGGAUAAAGUUGUGAUUGGCUACAAAAGGUCAGGGAAAGGAUAUCAAGUUUGUGUUCAAGAUAAAGUGAACGGCAGACUUGUCCGUGAAUUAAAGGCUGGUGCGAUUAUCGGACGAGGAGUCGUUGACGAUUACUGCGAGACACCCGGUUCUUGCAACAUGCAAAAGUCAUCUGCUCAGUUCGACAACGUGGACCUGAAGGCCAGAGACCUUGUGAAACUCCACUUCGUUGCCACACAACAACCCAAAGUACGCAACGCAGAUCGACCUGACAUAGCACCCGGAUCGUAUUGCUGUGUGGAACUUCGUGAUAGAGGCAUUUUCAUGCUCACAAUGACGAGAUUUCGAAGAAUGAUGGGAAAGCACAAGGCGGAUGAAGAAAUGGAACAAGUUUGCAACGAGCAGAAUACUCCGGUACCAUGGGAACAGCAGCCGCUAACCACUUAUGUCAAACCAACGGCAACUAAGAAUACCCAGAAUAAGCAACAGAUAGUAGCCGGUGUUGCAGGAAUAAGCCAUGAUACGACAAAUCUCGAAUCACGGAUUUCUAUUUUGGAGAACAAAGUCAAUGACUUUCAGGCAGGAUUGCCACAAUUGCUUGAGAGUACAAUCAAAAAGGCUAUGUCUACGUUCCAGGCUACAUUUGAAGCAGAACUAGCAAAGGCUUUGCAGGCUCAUAGCCACCAAUGA